AUGAAUGCGAAAAUAGGUGACUUUGGUUUCGGCACGGAAUUCGGGGAUAGCAAACUAGCCACGAUGUGUUGCAGCCCGUCCUAUGCGGCUCCUGAACUAUUUCUUGGGGAAGAUUAUGAAGGACCCGCGGUCGAUGUUUGGAGCUUAGGCGUCACACUCUUCAGGAUGGUCGCGGGGCGCCUCCCAUUCAAGGCACAGGACUGCAAGAAGCUGGGACAACAAGUGAUAAAAGGGAAAUACACUGUACCCUACUUUUUCUCGUUUGAACUAGAAGCUUUUCUCAAGAAAAUGCUAAGGGUGAAGCCUGAGGAGAGAAGAGAUUUGAUCGAUAUUAUGUCUGACUCAUGGCUCAAUCAGGACGAGGAGGAGGACCAGAUGCUGUAUAAUGAGCCACCGAAAGAGAACUUAGACCCCUGGGUUAAAAAGGAGAUGAAGAAGCUGGGCUUCUGCUAUGACGACAUACAGGAUGCACUGAGGAAUAAAACUUUUAACAACGUAAUGGCCGCUUACCUCAUCCUGGAUGCACAAAAGCCUAAAUCUCAUUGGCGCACUAUUCGUGUCAAGCCGUACAACUCCACUGACCAGAAUCCUGCCCCAGCUCGGGAGCUGCAGUCGUGCUCUAGUUCCCAACAGACCGAGCAGCACCAGGACAACUACGAGUUGGGGCAGGAGGGAAAAAAGUCUGCUGCUCCUGCAGCCCGCCAGCAGCUGUGGACCACCACUCCCGGUUCCAGCCCCGAAUCCAGCCCGGAGCCCAGGGCCAUCAGGCCAUGGUGGAGGAGCCCCAAAUCUAUCGCAGGCCUCCAGAGCAGUACCUCAGAGGACUUCCUUACUGCCAACUAUGGCUCCAGCAGCUCCAGCAGCAGCUAUAACAGGAGCGGAUCAUCAGGGGUGACCUGUCACAGGUUUCAGAGGCUGGCCAGGAGGUGCUGCAACUGCAUCACUAAGCUGUGGCGGAGGCUGUCGAGAAAAAACAAAGUCCAUCCGCUUUAG